AACAUGAAUACUGUACACCAACACCUAUCAAAUUCUUUUUUAACUUGUCAAUCCUAACCUAAAAUAGCAUGUUAUGCCGGAUCAAGUAUAUCAAGGGAAGCAACACAAUUUUUUUGGAUUGUAAAUGGACUAUAGAUCAAAAUGUAUGAAAUGGUCUUAAAUUAGGAAUUAAAAAAUCACAAUCCAAUACCGUCUUUUAGUAAUAACAUCUUCGUAAGGGAUAAAUUUACAGUGAAUGAUAUUUGAAUUCUUUAUUAAACCCCCCAUCAAACAUAACCUCAUUUUAUCAGCAACAUUAAUUCAUAGCGAUUAAUAACUUAUUUAUUAUUAUACAAAAAUGUAUAAGAUCCCAAAGAUAUUACAAACGCCACAAACAAAUAAUUUUUUAAGAACUUACAUGAUUAAACGAUCAAUUGUAAAUAAUGAAGGCCAAAUACGUAAGACAUCAGUAACUCCAAAAAAUUUAGAAUUCACCACACCAGUUUUAUAUAAAUCUUGGAAUUAUCCACAAUAUAUUAGAACGGUAAAGUUUAGUACAAAUAAAGAAAAAACAAGCACAGAAAAUGAGAUACCGUUUCGAAAUAAGCUUUUGUAUGGGUUUGUGGUUUUAACGACUUCAGUUGCAGGCUUGUAUGUCUACUACACAAAAUUUAUUAAAAGUGAUGAGAAAAAAUCUCCGGAAUUAGUUGAAAAUAUUUCAACAGAACCAAGUAAAAAAAGCAUUCCAAGAUAUCCGCCAACUUCAGAAGAUAUACCAGAUGACAUACCAUAUUUAUUAAUAGGCGGUGGAACUGCAAGUUUUUCAGCAUUUCGUGCAAUAAAAUCAUUGGAUCCAACUGCUAAAAUACUUGUUAUUAGUAAUGAAUCGAAUUAUCCAUAUAUGCGACCACCACUUUCAAAAGAAAUUUGGUAUAAUGAAGAUCGUCAAUUGAUUAAAAAGUUAAAAUUUAAACAAUGGAAUGGGUCGGAAAGAAGUUUAUUUUAUGAACCAGAAGAUUUCUACAUGGAUUGUAAAGAUUUACCAAAUGCAAGAAAUGGUGGUGUAUCGGUGGCUCGAGGUUAUACAGUUAAAAAAAUCGAUUGUUUAAAUAAAAAAGUAUAUUUAGAUGAUGGUAAAGAAAUCACAUAUGGAAAAUGUUUAAUAGCAACCGGUGCUAAACCCAAAAACCUAAAAGUGUUUGAAAAUGCUGGCGAAGAUAUACAGAAAAAAGUUACACUAUUUCGUACAAUUUAUGAUUUUGAAAAUUUAGAGAAUGUUUUAAGUAAGGAUGUUAAGUCUGUUGUAGUCGUUGGUGGCGGAUUCUUAGGUAGUGAAAUUUCAUGCGCUCUAGCACGUUAUGGUAAAAAUAAAAUGUCAGUAAAACAAAUAUUCGCUGAAAAUGGUAAUAUGGCAAAAGUAUUACCAGGAUAUUUAAGUUUAUGGACAACAGACAAAGUAAAAUCAGAAGGAGUGGAUGUUACACCAAGUGUUAAAAUUACCAAAGUUGAAAUGACACCAAGGCAACAAGUUGAAUUAACAUUAACAUCGGGUGAAAAAAUUAACGUUGAUCAUGUUAUAUUGGCUGUUGGUGUUGAACCAAACACAGAUUUAGCAAAUGUUUCAAAUUUGGAGGUUGAUCCUGAAGUGGGUGGAUUUGUUGUGAAUGCUGAAUUAGAAGCAAGAUCAAAUUUAUAUGUAGCAGGAGAUUGUGCAUGUUUCUAUGACACAAAAUUAGGUCGACGACGAAUUGAACAUCACGAUCAUGCUGUUGUUUCUGGUAGAUUAGCUGGUGAAAACAUGACCGGUGCACGUAAACCCUACACCCAUCAAUCAAUGUUCUGGUCGGAUUUGGGACCAGAUAUCGGAUACGAAGCAAUUGGAAUUGUUGAUUCAAGAUUACCAACCGUUGCAGUUUUUGCAAAACCCUCACAUCUUAGGAAUAAUCAAUUAGCGAAAUUAGCUUCCGAUCAACAAAACUCUAUUAAUGUAGACAUUGAAAGUCCGGCAGUGCCAUCCACGAUUGAGGAAAACAAGGUGUCAACAGAAGCAUCAUCAGCAACAACAACUCUUAGUGAUGUGAAACUUACAACUUCCGGCGGCGAUGAGUUUAGUAAAGGAUUAAUAUUUUAUUUAAGAGACAAUAUUGUUGUUGGUAUUGUGUUAUGGAACUUAUUUAAUCGAAUGUCGAUUGCACGACAAGUGAUUAAUGAACAUCGAAGCUUCGAUGAUUUAAGUGAGGUUGCAAAGUUGUUUAAUAUUUACGAAGAGCCAUAAUUUUAUGUUUUUCUCGUUCAUAAACUUGUUAUUUUUUUGUGAA